AUGGAACUGAAGUAUUUGGUAAGUGAACCUAGAUGUAACUGUCAACAAAAUACGAUUAUGGAAUUAAACACACAAAUGACAAUUAAUGAUGUUGUAGUAAAAUUUACACAUCGAGGUGAUAAUAUUGGUGAAGGGAAUUUUGGUCUGGUUAUACAUGCUUUUGAUUCUGAUAAUAAUAAAUGUUUUGCUCUAAAAGCAUCUGUAAUUGAUGAAGGAAAUGAACACGUAGUACAAAGAGAAUUGGAUGUUUUAAAUUAUUUUAAUACAUUGGAAGAACAACAUGGAUUUGCAGCAAGAAAUCACAUUAUAAAAAUGCAUGAAAUGUAUGUAGGUGUAAAAACUCGGUAUAAAUGA